CUUGACUUCAGACACCGCAUGGACUUGUCGAGGCUGACAGCCGUUGAGCGGACUUUAAUUCACGAGUCGGUAGUUUUUUUUUGAUAAAAUUUCUUUUCCUCCAUAAGUUUAAAAAUUCAUUCGGUAUUGAAAGGAGGUGAAAUAGAGCCGUGCACAUCGACUCAUCAUCGCGGUGUACAGCGGUGAUCGUUACACCGCCCGUCCGUUUCACGAGAUAGGAAAGUGACGCCGGGAGACAAUUACACACGCGCGAAGGGGAACCGAAAGGUGAUCGCCGGCAGGAAUCGAUCGGAAGUUGGAAGUGCUACGUGAAGUUCAGCACACGGUAUCCAAUUCUCCUGAUAUAACAACCUUUGGAAAAGGAGCGAACCAGCCUAACUAAAGUCUUAGGUGAAAUCUUACCUAGUAAUACAAACCUGAAGAUAAACGAUCAGGCGCUCGAAGUUGAUCGUGCUGUGUCGUAAGAUGUUCGUGUAAAUCGUUUUCCAAGUAAAACUCGUACGCGUAUACUAAACGUACGUUACAUACGUAUGAUUCAACGUGCGAAUGCAUAAUAUCUAUGGACGACACGUCGUCAAGGGUCGCUGGAUCUGGUUACAAAUAACACAAAACAAGGCGGAAGUGAAACAUCAACGCGACAUACCGUUCGUUUGAGAUACCGACUCCAGCUUUCCAGAAAUAUCUCUCUGGGAUUCAAGGAAUCGUUUAAUCGCCUUGACAACCAUAAGCUGUACGGUGAUUUAUCGAGCCAUUCGAUUUUCAAUCGGAAUCCAAUAUUUACUCAACAUCAGCAAUUUGAGUUUGGAGCAUAAAAAUUACGAUCGAUCAGAAUCAUCUCAUUGCACGUGAACGAGGUUUGGAACAUUCGUUCGAGGCGCACGUGGACUAGAAUUCAACGAUAUCGUUGAAUGACAAGGAACGUGAAUUGAAAGAAAAAAAAAAAAAUAAAAACAAAAAAAUAAAAAGAAACGUCGUAGAAAUGAGAAAGUUUGAGUUCUCCUCUGGACUUUUUGUGCUGUUGUGGAUGCAGACAGCUUUUGGUCCGCAAUCGGCCUUAGGGCAAUACAACGAUAUUGGUGGGGGAAUUAGGACGUCUCGAAGGAUCAACGAAACGCCGAUGCAUAAGGUGCUGUUUACUCAGAGGGGCUAUAUACAAUUUUUACGAUGGGAACUUCCAGUUCCAGAAAUUGAAGAGUUCACCUUCUGCCUCUGGGUCAAGUCCACGAACCUGACGUACUCCCACUCGAUACUCUCAUACUCCAAGAAUGAAGAGGAACGUCUGGUCAGAUCGUGGAUAUCACCUUUUGGAAGGAGCGUGCACCUUGAAAUCGGAAAAUCUGAGAUAAUGGCGCACCCGACCCAUCUGGAAGAGGAUCGUUGGUACCACAUCUGUCAGAGUUGGGAGAAUGAAUUUGGUCGUUACGCACUUUGGAUCGAUGGACGGAAGGAAGUCGAAGGGUAUGCGGCACAGUUAAUCGGUCACGUGAUACCUAGCGGCGGCGAUAUCGUUGUGGGCCAGGAAUAUACGGAUUUUGACAAGGGCUUGGAAGAGGGUAUAGAGGGUGCGGUGUUGGGUUUCAACCUUGUUUUGGCGUCAGCGUUUCAUAGUUCAAAGGGUUAUUACGCUCGGGGAAAAUUUAGCCCGCUGUUAUCGUACGAUUCACGGAUUCCCACGGGACCCACGAGUCGUCUUACCGAUCUAGGAGGGAUCGGGGUCGGAUCGCAGCCGUCCGCAUCACCCUACGAAAUACGAAGAAGCGACGAAAAUUAUCCUUUGCAAUCCGAUUUAACGCGCGGUGAAAAUCCGAUAGAAAAUUUCUUCCCGAAAAGAAUCGUCAAUGAAAAACAGGAGGCGACCUUCGAUUCUACUUUAAACGAGUACCUGGGAGACCGACGUAUAUUUGGCGAGGAUUUCCCGAGUAGAAACGGGAACGGACGCCCCUCCAUAGCUCUUAAAAUCAACCACAGGAUCAGAAGGAGAGAUCUUUGGGGUAACUUGAGCGGCGUAAGUUUAGGGCGAAGAAUGACGCCGAGGGUUGAAGAAGCCAGGCAAAAGGAUCGCGAUGAAGGUUUGGGUUUGAGGUUGAUCUACUUGACUUAUGGUCAUUGUGAGAUCGGAAGAGGUAGUCCUUUCAUUGGGGGGUCUCAGAUGCUGAUAUCGUGGACGCGAACACCCGUGAAGGUGUUCGGUGGAGCAAUUUUGAAGAAUGCAAAAAGUACUUGCGGUAAUUUUUAAACGGAGGAUCGAGUCGAAGGGUUUUUUCCUUUGUUUUUGAGGUCGUCAAGAUCACCUUCAACGAGGCCAGAUUCACACGAGUUCUUCCUCUAUUCUUGAAACUACGGGAAGAGGGAAGUUAAUGAAAUAUGACUCGCCUUCGCCUCCGACGGUGAAAGUACGAAGACCAACCUUAUCGAAAAUGUUCGAAGUUGGGGGUUCCUGGAGACGAAUCUUCGUUCCAGUGGCCGCUAGAGUUACAUACGUACAAAUGUUUACCAAGGACUGCAAUUAGGCCGAAAUAGACCUCCAAGUUUUUAGUUUCUAUGUCAACGUAGAUUUAGAAAUGUAAAUAAUAAAUUAUAAUCUUCGAUUAUUCUGGUAACUCGAUACCUGAAUAAAAUAUACCUAUUUGAUAAAAACCCUUGUCAUUCCUAAUGCGCUUAUAUCGAAUAAUAAGAUUUCUUUCACGUCGCUACG